AUGCUGACCUCGCUCCUUCUGUCUACCCUCGCGCUGGUGCCGGUCCUCCGCGCCGCCAACGACGGCCACGCGACGACGCUCAGCUCCGACGACGGCAGCAACGCUACCACGGGCACGUGCCAGCUCAUGAAGACGCUGCGCAACGCAGCGCGGUACCAAGUCUCGCUGAGCGCGCAGCAGUGGGCGCGCGGGGCCAACUGCGGCCGGUGCGUCCAGGCGCAGUGCUCCAACUGCCCGUCGCCACUGCCAAUCACGGCGCAGGUGACCGACCGCUGCGCCGACUGCGCGGCGGGAGACAUCGACGUGUCCCGUCCCAUGUUCCAAGCGCUCUUUGGCACACCCACGGGCCGCCGUCCGCUCCAGUGGGGCUUUGUCGACUGUCCCGUCGAGGCGACGCUGUCGCUGUGCACCAAGCCGCGCAACACGAGUCUCUACACGAUCUUUAUCCAGCCCACAAACACCGUGUCCGGCGUUGCCAACAUGACCAUCGACGGCUUCAAGGGCCGCCUGUCUGCGAAUGGAUCAUACUUCUUCAAGGCGCCCAUGCCCCGCAAUUGGAGCGACGUGCACAUCAACCUCACAGCGACCAACGGCGAGAAGAUCGUCGCAGCCACCGUCGCCCUCCGGUCGGGCCGCUGCGUCACGAUCCCGUACCAGUUCCAGCCAACGACGGCCGGCGGGGCAUUGAUCCAGGCCUCGUCUUCGCUCGAUAGCGACGACGACAUUGUCGUGCCCAUGACCACGACGCGCCCUGUGCCGUAUUAUUAA